CCACCCCUCUCCCGUCGCCCAUCCUUCCCUCAGCCUCUCUCUUUAUCAUCAUCAUCAGCAUCACCAAUCUACAAUCAACAAUGGCAGUUCAAGCUCAAUACCCUUCAAAUAUCCUCUUUCUAAACAGAAACUCACAAGAAGGGCAUGAUUAUUCCUUACAAGCACAGCCAGGAGGAUAUCUUGAUCAAUCCCACAUGCUAUUCAACAAUGGAGGAGGAGCAGUCAAUAAUACUAUCAAUCAGCGCAAAAGAGGAAGAGAAACUUCAGCUGCCACUGAAAUCUCACCUUCAAUCCUUCCUUUCUCUCUGCAACAACAAUCCCAACCUCCUCCUCCUCAGCUCAUCGACCUCUCCCAACUUUACAGCAACAACCACGACCACAACAAUCCCAAUGUGGUCUCCACGGGCCUCCGUUUAUCCUUUGGAUGGUUGAGGGUAGGUACAUGUACAAGAGUAUGGCUGAGGGAAGGAUGGGUGACGGGAGAGGGGUGGCUGAAAGGUGGGGUUGAGUAG